CUUUGUCGUGACCUAGAAUACCGCUGAAAUCGGCAUUUGCUGUUAGUUACGACAAUCUAGUAGACCUAAAAGGUGUUCGCCUUAGGAACUGGACUUCAAAGAGACCUGUGUUAGCGGCACGUCUUUUUUACCAUCGCACGCGUUCUAGACAAUGCUCCAUUUAGCACCGUUGUUCUGGGGAAGACUCUUUACUGUUUUGAUCGUGACCGCCGGAAGCUGCUCGCCGAUAUACGCCAAGACGGUUUCGGGAGACUUUCGACUCUCAGGGCUGCAAUCGCACCGCGUUUUGGUUUCCUUUGCUGUCGUUCCCGAUGGUGCGCGAGUCAGUGUAAAUCUUACGGCUAGUUCUAUGUACGAGAACGAGCGCUUUCUCCAGCUUCGCAUGUACCGCGAUGUCGAAUGGUCCAAAGUUAUCAAGGCCAAAACCUGUACGGAAAUGAUUCGACACGCAUCGCAAACUCAGCAGCUCUCGUUCGACUAUAAAAACAAACAGUGGAAAUCUGAAGAAAAGACCGCUCUCAUUUUCAAUUCAGAUAAGGGUACAAGCCGUCGACCGCACUACUGGUAUAUCGUUGUCGACGACUGUUCACUAGAACAAGUCAUGCAGGAUUUAAAAAUCCCGCCCAUACAUUAUGAAUUGCGCAUACAAAAUCACAUACCACAGAAAAACACAGAUGGCGGUCGCCCCGAGAUGGUGCUCACACACUUGUCGGCCGACGAAUUACCGUUGACCCGUGUCCAUUCCGUUUCACUGCUGCUCUCGAGUUUAAUUACUUUACUGAUAUGCAUGCUGAUCGGAUCGCAGCUAGUAAGCAAACAUACGGUACACGUGGCGCUUUUGUGGGUUGCGGCCGCCGCCGCCUUGGACGCGGCUAGUUCGCUUUGCGAGCUGAUACAUAUCAAAGUAUACCAAGGGAACGGAGUAGGAAGCUAUCUCUUUGACGCCUUGUCAGCGCAUGCCGAAGCUGUUUGCGAUGCACUGGUAAUGCUUUUAUUGUUGAGUAUUGCUGCGGGUUGGACGCUGCCGUCCGACAUGCUUUCAAUGAAUCCAAACCAAUCUGUUGUUCAAUUGCUUUUAUCCGACCUCUCGAAACCCAUGGGAGCGAUACAACACUGGAACGCCGGGACCGCUCUGGGACUCGCCGUUCUAGCCCUUCACGUUGUAUUGGCACAGUGGGGACGGACAUACAACGACGACUUUGAAUCGUACCACGAUUUGGAACACUUGCCUGGGAAGAUCCUUAUGGCCGUUCGUUUCGUGCUAGGCCUACUGUGUUUGGCUGCGACCAUGCAAACACGAUGGAAGUGUCGAGCAAAGCAACUUGAACAAUUUUAUCUAAAUCUUGCUAUUGCUGGAUUUGCCUGGUUCCAAUCCCUGCCAGUGCUGGUCGUGAUUUGCAAUACGUUCGUACCAUACUACGUUAGACAUCCGGCUAUUGUAACGGGCUCGGCAUUGCUGCAAUCUGUUGCAUUGGGUUUGUUGGCAUGGCUGGUUACGUCGCAUUCUUCUGCUUACCACCAAGUGAGCCAUUUGACAUCAAGCGCCGAGACAUCUCUAACGGAUUCGCUCAGUCAAGCAGCAGGUGGCCAAGCGAGAGGGGUGGCAGAUACAAAAACUUGGUCAUUUGGAAAAUCAAAGAUUCGGUUGGAUUGA